AUGAGUUUAAUCGUACCAACAACAUUUUCAUUUUAUUCUCAAACUAAUAAUAAUGAUGAUGAUGAUGAUGAUGAUAAUAAUAAAUCACCAUCAAUGCUAUCAGCAUUAUCUUCUAUGACAAGUCAACUACAUCAAAGAAAUUUUCUAUCACCAUCACCCAAUCCAUCGAUAGUACAUCGAGCAAUACAUUUACAAGCUGGGCCAUCUAUUGAUAGUCCAAAAGACUCGCGUGAUGAGGAAAAUGAUUUUGAUGAUAACGCAUCAGCUAGAGAAAAUCUUCGUUUUGCACCACGAAUUAUUCAUGCACGUCGUCCAGUGCCUAAUUCAACUCAAUUAACAACAAGUCAUCAAAGAUACUCAUAUCCUCCAAAACCUAAAUCUGAUCUACUUUUUAUUCAAGCACCACCAUCUAGAUCUACUACAAUGCCAACAAAACGAAGUUCAUUACACAGUGGUAGAUAUACAUCUGCUAUUGAUAAUCAAGCUGCUUUUAUUGCAACAAAUACUUUGCAAGAUUUACGUGGUCAAACACUUCUUCAUUUAGCUGCUCGUCUUGGUCAUGACGAAAUCAUGCGUUUACUAAUCAGUGAAACUUCACAAGCUAGUAUGUUAAUGAAUAAAACAGGACAAACACCAUUAUUAACAGCUAUUGCAGCUGGCUCAAUAUCUACAGCUAUUUUAUUAAUGGAAACUGAUCCAAGAUCAAUUAUUGUUAGUGAUAUCAAUGGUUCUAGUGUCUUUCAUUAUGCAUGUGAAUAUUGUAAUGAUUUUGUUUUACAUCGUGCUAUAGCAUUAUGUAAACGACUUAACUCGACUAAUGAUCGAAUAACUGCAUUAUGCCGUAUAACUGAAAGAAAUAUUGCUGGCAAAACUCCAUUUGAUAUAGCUAUAGAAAAAGGUCAAUUAAAAUGUAUAAAGCAAAUAGUUUUAUCACCUUGGCUUGAAGCAAAUAUUGAUAUGCGAGAAUUAAUCGAUGCUCGUUCAAUGAAAAAUGCAAUUGAUAAAGAACAAUUAGAUAUUUUAACAUUUUUUGUUUCAGAACCAAAACGGUUUGCUUAUAUUAUUCAUUUAUUAGUGAAGACCAAUGAACGAUAUUUUAAUUUGUUAGAAUAUGCCAUAUUAUUAAAAAAGAAAGACAUUGUUCGAUUAUUUGUCAGUGUACAUAUACCGAUUGAACAAUAUGAUUUUCGUUAUGAAUAUAAACAAUUUUUAAAACAUUAUAAUGAGCCAUUUGCUCAAGAAAAUUCAUCACAUUUUUAUCAAACACCAAUACAACGUAUGUUAACAACACCUGAAUGUGUACCAUUAGUACCACUUAUAUUAGAACAAUUUGUUAGUGAUCAGGGAAUUGAUUUAUCGAUUGUUGAUGAUUGCUUAUAUGCCCGACCGACGAAAACAACAUGUAUAUUUGGACGAACAAAACAUUUUUCAACAAGUAAUUGGCUUCAACAACAUCCAUUAACUUUAAUUGCUAAAGCUGAUUUUAAAGAUGUAUAUGAUCAUCGUUUAGUUCGUUUAUGCGUUGAUUUAAAAUUUAAUUUAUUUGGAAAUUUUCUUUAUUUCAUUAUACUUUGUUGUCAAUCAACAUUUGUUGCACUUUAUACAGGUACUGUUUUAGGUUCACCAACACCAGCUGAUCAAGGUACAAAUUAUUAUCAAAUGGCUAAUUAUUCAUGUUUUGAUUUAUGUGUAACAUUAGCUAAUGAUCCUCAAAAACCAGCUAGAAAUAGUCCUAUUAGUGCCAUCAUGUAUUCGGUAGAUGUAAAUGAAUGUACACGUGAAACAGGAAUUCGUUGUUCAGUUCAAUGGAUGGCUGGUGGUAUUGGUCUAUUAUCUGUUUGGACAUCUUUAUUAUUAGUUUUUAUGAAUGGUGUUAAAUUUGGUAAACAUGGUCUUUUAUUUAUAACUGUAUAUGGAACAUUUCUUAAAUUUAUUGCUGUUUAUUUUCUAAUUUGGAUUGGUUAUAUCUUAGCUUUUUAUAUGAUUUGUAAAGAUAUAUUGGCACAAUUUCAUUUUUUAAAUUUUAUACCAAAAUUAUUAGUUAUGUUUGUUGGAGAAUAUGAUAUGGAUGCAUUAUUUUUUCCAAACAAUUCAUUACUGCCUGGUGCGGAAGCUGCAAUAAUACUUUACAGUGCUUAUAUAUUCACCAUGUUUAUUGUUAUGAUGAAUAUAAUGGGUGGUUUAGCCGUAGUUGAUGUAAAAGAACAUCGUUUAAAUGCCAAACGAGAACAUUUACGAGCACGUAUUGGUGUUGUAUUAGGUUUUCAAGCACGUUUAGGUGGGUUUUGUGAAACCAUUGGUAAUAUAAUUAAAAGAUUAUCUAAAAAUGUUCGACUAAUGAAUUUUUGGGAAAAAUUAACUUUUACUCCAUUAACAUAUGAUUUACGUAAACUUGAAAUACGUUCAUAUCUAAUAAACAUUCCUUAUAAUCUUAAUCCAUCAUAUUCUUCUACCUUAACAUCACGAAAAAAACGUAAACCUGUCAUAUCUCAUCCAUCGGUGUCAUCAUCAUCAUCAUCAUCAUCAACAGUUAUUGGAAUAUUUGAACAAAUACAAACAGAAACAGGUUAUUAUUAUCAUCAAAAUACAACACGUGAUGAUAGUUUAUUUAAUGAAGAACAAAGUACACGUUUCUUAAAAAAAAUCGACGAUGUACGUGAUACAAUUGAAGAAUCAGGAAUACGAACAAAUAAUGAAAUAAGAAAAAUAGCAUUAGACUUACAAAAUGAGUUGGAAGAUAUUAAACGAAAAUUAAUAGAACAAUAA